GAAUCGAAUUUUUCAACUUAUCAACGUAUGUGGGCUAAUAUGGAGUCAGCUAGGCCAAGUGUUUUUACUACAAGCAAUGACGAGGGAGUCGAACGUGUCCUAAAAGGCAAAAGAUUAUAUGCUUUUCUCAUGGAAUCUACAAGUUUGCAAUACGUGAUAGAACGAAAUUGCGAACUUACACAGAUUGGCGGAAGAUUAGAUUCAAAAGGCUACGGAAUUGCUAUGCCAGUCAAUUCCCCUUACCGUACAGCAAUAAGCGGAGCAGUGCUCAAAAUGCAGGAGGAAGGAAAACUUCACCAGCUCAAGACCAAGUGGUGGAAGGAAAUGCACGGAGGCGGAAAAUGUACGGCAGACGCUCAAGUUUCAGACGAUUCGGCAGCAGAAUUGGGCAUCGACAACGUGGGUGGUGUUUUCGUCGUCUUGGGUUGCGGUUGCGGAGUUGCAGUUGUGAUAGCAAUGUUGGAAUUCUUGUGGAACGUGCGAAAAGUCGCGGUGGAAGAAAAGAUAACGCCAUGGGAAGCAUUUUGCACUGAAUUGAAAUUUGCGCUUAACUUUUGGAUAGUAACAAAACCUGUACAUAAUAAACCGAGUGAGUCAGGAUCCCAAAAAUCUUCGAAAUCUCGAGAAUUGUCAGAAUCUAGAUCAACUGCAGUUAAUGCAUUAAAUACAGCAUCAAGUUUCUUAAAUCUCGAUAAAGCUGGAAACUUAUUUCACUAAAGCCGAUUGUUUUUUUUUUGUGAACUCUCCAUACUAAUUCCGCAGAAAUACAUGAGUACAUAUGCAUUUUUUCCAUGAAUAGUUAUAAUCAAAUCAAAUAAAUAACUAUAAAUGCAUUAAAUCAAAUGUAUAUACAAUUGUAUCAAUAUCUUUACGCACUAAUUUGUAGAUAUAAUUCUAGGUGAAAAAAAGCAAAGACAUAAAGCAUCCUAAAUAACUUGAAUGUAUUAUUGUAGGAUAAUUUACAAUGUAUCCAGAAAUAAGGACUCUGUCCUUUCUGAAUCAUUACUGUAAAAAUUAAUA